GCUAAAAAGGGAGCUGACAGAACAGGGCAGGUGGAAACGGCCAACAGACGCUGAGGAGGAAGGAGGAUAAAGCUCCUGCCCUGACGCUAGCUUUUACUACAGAGCACUCACUCAGCCACAGUGAGAACUGCAGCACAAGAUCACACCAGAAGAAGUAAACCUGCGCAGAAGGACAAUUAAAACUCCCACUAGGAUCUAUGAAGUCAGAUAACUUUUUAAAAAUGCAUUUCUGUAUGGAAAGGGAGUAAGCCAGGUGAAAGAUCAAGAGGGGAUCGUCUGACAUCUUCAUCAUUUAACAGAUAACCCAGAAAUUACAGAGUGAUCAAGACUGACAGUCAAAAAGGCUGUAAGGGACGUAAGAGAGGAAGCUGUACAUUUUGGAAGAUGGAGGAAAGCACUCCGCAGGUCUGGCACAUGCAGAUUCCCAGACAGGAAAUUCCAGCAGAGCUGCAGAAGAAGAUAUCGGUGGCAAACCAGCCAGAAUGCUCCAUCUGCUACAACACCUAUGACAAUGUCUUCAAAACACCCAAGCUGCUGGAGUGCACCCACACCUUUUGCCUCGAGUGCCUUUCCCGACUUAUGGCUGUCUCGCUAACUGACCAGGAUGAGAGUGGCGGCAGCAUGCGCCUCUCUUGCCCCUUCUGCCGUCAUCUCACCUUUUUGCCAGAGGAUGGUCCUCCUGCCUUGGCCACUAGCCGCGAGGUCCUCUGCAAACUCCCCAGCCAUCAACAACAGGAGGAGCCCGUGUGGUUGGAGGGGGAGAAGCUGUGCUACAAGAGCUCCAGACAGGACGCCGUCUCAGGAGUCCCUGAAAGUCCCACGACCUUCUGCAUCUGCAUUGACAUUGGGGCCAGUAAGUCGGUGGAUGCUCCAGUCCAGGCAAGGCCCAGAAGGCCUGGACUGAUGGGCAGACUGGCAGACUGGAAAAGGAUGCUUCUCUUCAUAGUGCUCAUGGUGCUAUUGGUUAUAGUUGUGCUGUGGCCCCUGCAGUGCGUGUUUACCACCGGAAACAUGCGCUGUAUGAGAAAUAGACCCCAAAUUAGUACAACUGCAACCACAACCACUACGUUUGGCCCAUUUAUCAGUAGAUCUGGUCUAAAAGGAUGAACAACUUGACUUACAGGACUUCACUGUAAAUGCUGAUAAUGAAGACACUUUGGAACUGUUUUAAAAUGUCAUUGAGACUUUUUUUGGAAUAGUUGCACUUAAGAUAAAUGCAUUUGGCUAUUGCAACUUGAGAUGGACUGGCGACAUGCCCAGGAUGUACCCUGGCUUUUGCCCGAUGACUGCUGUAGAUAGGCACCAGCCCUCAUUGUCAGAUAGAUGGUUGAAUAAAUGAAAGGUUAUUACGACUGACCUUAGACUUUAUAGUUCCUGCUACCAACAUUUCUUCACCAACAUAUACAUUUUAAAAUGACUAAAUUAGCGCAAGCAAAACCUAUGUACACAAUUCUCCGAGGCAUAGAGAAAGCAUUGGUAGCAGUAAAUUUGUACUUUAUUUAAGCUUUAUUCUGAAAUUAGAUAAAAUCACAGCAUCUAACAGGUUUUCUGUCUUGAUCAGAAAGUUGGUGAUUUAUUGUAAGUGUCUAUUCAAUGUUUAGCACUGACAUAGAGACCUGUUGUCGUGUCCGGGCCAAAUAGCAGAACAUUGGAUUGUGACAUUUACUUCUGUCAUUGUGGAAAUGUGAACUUUAUCAUCUGAGACAAUGAAUGGAAUCCAGAUGUGCUAAUGAAAUUCUUUUCAUAUUGUAACAUUGAUUGUUCCUUUUGAUGUCUUUGUUUACAAAACUACAAUUAAAACGGAAGUAUUAAGGUUAUCCGUGUCCAAACGGUUUUAAUGUGGUCAAAUUUGAGAAAAAAAAUAGUUUAACACUUUAAAUAUGUACAUUUACUUUGAAAGUAAAGUGACAUUUUUUAAAUAGUAAAUAAAAUAUUUAUAGCAGUAAAAAAAUUA